UUCUAUAAAAGCAACUGCUAACUUAUUCUAGUCUUUGUAAAAUAGUGUUUAAAUUUUUUUAAUACACUUUAGUUUGUAAUAAAAUUAUUAUUGUUUACCACUAUAUUUAAGAAAUAUGCAGAAUAUUUAGCCAUACGUACAUAUCACAUAAGUAUAUACAUUUGUAAAAAAAAAACAUCUUUACGAUUAGAAGUGAGAAGUUUAUAAAGAUGUCUGCUUGGGGAAAAAUUCACACAAUCGAAGAACCAAUUAGUUUUGAUAAAAUAACGUCGGAGCAACUUGCUCGCAGUUUGCAAGAAAAAGAGAUUAAGAAAUAUGCAGUGACUGUCAUUGAAGAAAUUCCAGAAAUUACAGAAAUUGCCGAAAAAGCUUCGGAACUUUUUGAAAUCGAUCAAACGGAAAGUGAUGCAGUUAUUGCACAUAUGCUUCAAGCCGACUUGAAUGAAGAGUACGAUUUGAUGCUUAAACGAACAGAGAAAAAAUUCAAUCGUGAUUCAAAAGUCAAUAUUUCAUAUUUAAAUUAUCGUGCUGGAGUAAAAGAGCCGGAGGAACCAAAAGCCGAUGUAGAUGACGAAGACAGAGACUUCGAUCGCUUUGUUAGCAUUGAAAAGGAAUAUGCUUCAAUUCCACGCUGUGGCUACAAAAAAGUUGGCGAUGGCGGAACAUCUCAAAUUGUUACCAAACACGACAUGCUGAUGACUUCUAGAAUAAAUGCAUGCCGAGUGCUUGAAUUCCCUCCUGGUAUCCAAACUGGCGAUACUGGUGGAUUUGAUGUUAAAUUAAAUAAUAAAGUGUUUAAUUCAUUGCGGCAACAUAGUCAUGCACACUGCUCAAAAGAGAAAGCCAAAGCUCAUCCAAAGCCACAAACAAAAAGCCAAGCGACGCUUAAAGCAACAAACACAAAUUAAAGGAAUAAGCUUGACUGUUGAUUUUAUAAAUCUAUCAUUCGUAACUCACAAACCAUUAACACGAAAGUUUAUUCAUCUAAUGUAACACUUCUGGCUAGUAAGAUCAAUAGAUUUAUUUAUUUCAAAACGUAGUAUUUUAAAAAGAAUCAAACAGGUUAUACCUAAUGAAAAACUAACUAAUUUACAAGCUAAAAAUAAAAUUCCAUGUAACAUAAUUGAAUCGUAUAAAAUAUUGAUA